AUGAGCAGACCCUGCAGUAAGACUCUACCUCUAUCCUUCGCGGCUCUGACCUUAUACUCAAGUGCUGAUCAUCGCCAUAGGGCAUACUAUGGCUACCACGAGGAGAAUGGAGGUAUCCCCGCGGGACUUAAGGACACUGAUAUGUGCUUGGUUGCCAAUUCAGUUGCGAUAGACUCUAUAACAACCGACAUGCCGUGGGUAUAUGCAUCGGACGUAUCAUUCGAUCAUGCCAGUCCACCCGCAGAUGGAGAAUAUCCAGGCUACUUCCGAGUUGCCAUUGAGUCUGUAAUCACGGAACUCUACCUCAUGCUCACAGCAAUGAUACCGGCGGAGCUUUGA